GGCGGCACUCGCAGGAAUCGGACGCCGACGUCUCGUCCGCAUUGUGCUCGUUGCAGCUCAAUCCCUCAUGCUUGUCUGCAGCAUUUCUAGUUACCGUGAGGACAACAUGGUUGAUGUUGCGUUGGCCUCACGGUUCGUCCUGUAGUCUUAACCGAAUCUCGACGUGCGUCUAAGCCGUUCAUAGUUGGCGUUGUGAUGCAGACGGGGUGACCGCACUGUGUGAGCUUUGCUCUGGUGUUGUUUCAGGGGUUUGAGACAGCAGCACCAGCUAUGUCGUAUCAGGAUGAGCAGAGUGAGGACUACCUGUUCAAAGUGGUGCUUAUUGGGGAUAGCGCCGUCGGAAAAUCUAACUUGCUGUCGCGGUAUGCGAGAAACGAGUUUAACUCCAACUCCAAGGCUACCAUCGGGGUGGAGUUCCAAACGCAAUCUAUGGAAAUCGAUGGCAAAGAGCUGAAGGCCCAGAUCUGGGACACUGCUGGCCAGGAACGGUUCCGCGCCGUCACUUCCGCCUACUACCGUGGUGCUGUAGGGGCGCUCAUUGUUUACGACAUCACUCGUCGCGGUACUUUCGAGAAUGUCAGUCGCUGGUUCGACGAACUGAAAGUCCAUUCCGACGCGAACGUUGUUGUGAUGCUUGUUGGAAAUAAGAGCGACCUUGCACACAUACGGGAGGUGACCGCAGAGGAAGCGACAGCUCUUGCGGAGAAAAAUACUAUGUACUUCAUGGAGACAUCGGCUCUGGAGGCCGUGAAUGUAGUUGAAGCUUUCCAGACUGUUCUGAAAGAGAUUCACAAGAUUGUUAGCAAGAAAGCUCUAACUGCAGAUCCUAAUAAGGGUAAUACUGUUGUUGCAAGUGGUCAAAGGCUAGCGGGUUCUGAUGACACGACUCCAAGGACGACUGCCUGCUGCUCGUAUUAGUGCGGUGCCUGUUCUUUUUUAGUGUACAACCUUUCUUCCUUUUUCUUUUUCUUUCUCUGAUUUCCAUUCUCUCAGGAAGAGAGUAAUGCUGAGUAUAUGAUUUUAUAGAUGCCAAUCUUAUGCUGUAGUUGUAUACGAUUCCUAACAGGAGCAGGAAUGAAGAAGUUCCCCUCGCACGCAUUUUGUUAGAUUUUCUGAUUAUGGACUUCGUCAGGUUCUCCAUCUCGAGUAUGCAGACUCAGGAUGAUGGUAGGAAAAUGCAGGAAUUGCAAUCAUAACACAGAUAGUGGCGUGUGAUUUCAGCAUGUUUGUGAUUCUCAUAAUGCGAAUGGAGUCCUGGCUUACUUAUGUUAUCAUUAAGACUACCUUCCAUUUGGAGAGAUAGUCGAGGACAUUGGGAGUUUGUAGGCAUUCUGGGAGCAAGGAUACAAGUCUUGGCACUAGGCAGAAGGCAAUAUUUCUUUGUUUUCUAUUACAUUGGACUUCACCUGCCAAUCGAAUUCGGAUUUUGGAGGACAUUCCCUCAUUGGUAAUUAUAUACUUUCAUUAUCCUUUCA